CUCGCCACCUUUGACGAGGCCAAGCAAAAGAAAAUGUACCGCAAGAUCGACGUUCGUUUGCUCCCCAUGCUGGCUCUUCUGUAUCUGUUCGCCUAUAUUGGUGAGUUUUAAUGCUGGCGCGAAGCCUCGGGCAGUUGUGCGUGUCACUGACGCCAUUCUCUCUGCCUUGUCGCCGGCCCCUGUCCCAUUCCUCGCCCCUCUCAUCUUCAGACCGAGCAAACAUCGGUAAUGCCAAAAUCGAGGGACUCACUGAGGACCUCAAGCUCGAUGGCACAAAGUACAAUACGGCGCAGAGCAUCUUUUUCGUCACGUACAUUCUCUUCGAGAUUCUGCCAACAUCAUUCUGGAGCGCUAUUUCCGCGCGCGCCCGUCAUGGUGGCUUGGUGGCCUGGCCGUUCUCUGGGGCACCGCCAUGACCCUGCACGGUAUUGUGCAGAACUACGGCGGCUUACUCGCUGUCCGCCUCGCCCUCGGUGUUCCCGAGGCCGGCUUCUUCCCCGGUGCAGUUUACCUCUGCUCGCUCUGGUACCCCCGGCACAUGCUCAACUCGCGCAUCGCCCUCUUCUACACCGCCAGCGCGCUUGCCGGCGCAUUCUCCGGUCUCCUCGCGUACGCCAUCGCUAAGCUCAAGGGCGUCGGAGGCAUUGCCGCUUGGCGCUGGAUUUUCUUGCUCGAGGGUGCCGCGACCGUCGUGCUCGGCCUUAUGGUGCCCUUCAUUCUGCCGGACCACGCCUCCAACUCCAAGUUCCUCACCGAGGAGGAGAAGAAGUACAUGGCAAUCGUUGCCGGCGCUCAGGACAAGUCUGCGCACUCGGGACAGCACGACAGUACAGACGUCAGCAAGUGGAAGGUUUUCAAGGCUGUCGUCACCGACUGGCAGCUCUACCUCCUCGGCAUCGUCUACUGGUCAAACACUGUUCCCAACUAUGCCCUCAAGUUCGCCAUGCCCACGAUCAUCAAGGCUAUGGGUUACUCGUCAUCCGACGCCCAGCUCCUCUCGGUCCCACCCUACAUCGUCGGUGCCAUCACUGCCUGCAUUGCCGGUCUCUUCUCCGACCGCUUCCGCAAGCGUAUGCCCUUUAUCAUGGUGGCUCAAUUUGUCAUCAUCGUCGCCCUUGUUAUCAUCAUGCCUCUCCGUCACGACAUCAAAAAGUAUAUGGGUCCAGCCUAUCUGUCAAUCUGCCUGAUCUGUGCUGGUGUCUACCCCAUCGGGCCAGGGACCAACACCUGGUGCGCGAACAACACUGCAGGCCCCGCCAAGCGCGCAAUGAGCGUCGCCUUUGUUAUUUCCCUCUGCAAUGUCGGCGGUAUUAUCGGCGGCUACAUUUUCCUCGACAGCGAGAAGCCCCACUUCACUACUGGGUACGCUGGAUCUCUCGGUUUCGCUGUCGCUGGUGUCAUUGGCGCAGGUGUGCUCGAGGUCGCGUACAAGCGCAUCAACGCGAAGCGCGACAACUACACCAAGGAGGAGAUUGACGCGAAGUACACACCAAAGGAGCUCGCACAGCUUGGCGACCGCUCUCCGUACUUCCGCUACAUGCUGUAAGCGGAGGAUGUGUGGGCGGAACGUGGUACAGUAGAGGAGUGUGUUCUGAUGGGGGAGCAGGGUCUGGCGGGUUCAGGUCGCAGUGGAGGAGACGACCACAGCAGAUGACAUAUUCAUGUAUAGAAGUGAUGUACACUACAUUGCA